AUAGCAUGCGUAUCUUCGUUAAGGGGUAAGUUGAUGUUUGAGACCGCAGUGCAUGAUAUCACCUUUGGACCGAUGUUAGACUGUAGUGGAUACAAUGAACCAUCUGAAAUCUCUUCUCCUGCUUACCAUUUCUCUGCGUCUACACGCGGCUUACGGUAAGUUAAUCAGCAAUAAGGAAAUAAUGAACAGGAAUUCAGUGGUAAGAAAUGUCAAAUUGCUUUUAGAAUUUGAUGAUUUAAAGCGUAUGAUAAGCUAUUUGAAUUUAGAGACACGGAGCCCAUGAUAAGCUAUAGAUUUGAAUUUAAAGAUAAGUCUCGUUUGGCAAGCAAUCAAUUUCAAGUAAUCAAAUAAGAAUUCCGUUUAGAAAUAGAUACUUCAUUUGAGGCAAGAGCCGCUUUCCCAAUUUUACCUACUGAGGCCAAUUUUAGGCAUUUUCCGACAAGGGCACCGAUGGCGUCAUCUAGAUUCGUGCCAAUGGUCAGAGGCCUGACGGUCAGAUUGAUUAAAUUUACGUUAAAGCUUAACAUCCCCCCCCCGAACCCGAAAAAAAAAAGUUUUUUUGUUUUAAAAAAAAUUUAAAAAAUUAAUGGAGCCGUAUUCAUUCAUUCAAAUUAUUUUUAGUUUCAUUACCCACCAAAAGAUUUAUUUUUAAGUAUAACUUUUUAGAAAGCAUAUAAUUUGAGAACCGCGAUUAAACUUGCUAAAUCAUGACAAAUGGAGGGCAACCUAUGGGUUACUUCCUUUCAAUGGUCAUAACAAUAAUGCGUUAUGACUAGAUUUUGUGAUGGGUUAAGAAUAGGAUCUGAAUUUUAAAAAAUGGCUGACUCUCGAUGUCAUUCUGGCAUUACGUUAGCCUCUUCGUAUGAUGGCUCUCGAACUAGCAACUUAUUAAUACCCAAAAAAAAAUUAGGUUUACACAAAAUAUUUAUAACACAUUUGCGAACUCCUCAUCAAACUAUCACCAGGCGGUGUUGCCAUCAAAUUUACCCCCUUUUCGUUACAUCAAUAAAUUUAACCCCCCCCCCACUUGUUACCUUUAGAUGCUAAAAUAAAAGUAACACCCUCAAGUAGCUAAAUGUUCCCGAGACCCAGUCUGAGAUGUUCCGGUUAUGAUCACGUAAUUUGCCAAGCUGGUCAGAGUUGGUGGGGGGGGGGAGGGAUUGUUAUCUUUAGGAGCUAAAAUAAAAGUAACACCCUCAAGUAGCUAAAUGUUCCCGAGACCCAGUCGGAGAUGUUCCGGUUAUGAUCACGUAAUUUGCCAAGCUGGUCAGGGUUGGGGGGGGGGGGGAGGGGGGGGGGGUUGUUGUUUUUCUUCGCCAGAUUCUUUUUAUGCCAUAUUUAUUCUAAAUAAUUUCACCGACUCAAAUAUUCCAGUACUAAAAAUACAUUAUUGUAUUAUCAUUCAGGGGACACAAACAGCAACUGUGUUACGGUAGCUGAAGAAGGACAACCUCAGAGUUUCCGGUUCACAUCUGAGAUUGGUCAAACUUGGAAAAACUACGAAUGGACAAUCAAAAUCAAAGAGUCUAGUGUCGUGGUGGCCAGAUAUGAAGAAUAUAACAAAAAAAUAGGUAAUAAUAUAAAACCUACCACUGCACCUAACAAAGCCAUUGGGGAUUGGUAUAGCCUGCCUGAGACUCACUGUAAAAAAUCAAACAAUUCAACAAAGUUAUACAGUCAUUAAAAUACUAAUCGUUGUAGGAAUCAGGGUUGGCAAAUGUUGGAACAAAAAAUAUGGCAGUCUAUAAAAGUUAAACGAAAAAAUUACUUUUCUAUAUAACUCCAUAUGUGUCCGUAAACCCUUUGAGAUGGAGCUACAAAAAGAAUUCAGACAACCCACACAGCCUUCAGACAACCCACACAGUCUUCAGACAACCCAAACCACCUUCAGACAACUCACACAGUCUUCAGACAACCCAAACCACCUUCAGACAACCCACACAGUCUUCAGACAACCCAAACCACCUUCAGACAACCCAAACCACCUUCAGACAACCCACACAGUCUUCAGACAACCCAAACCACCUUCAGACAACCCAAACCACCUUCAGACAACCCACACAGUCUUCAGACAACCAAAACCACCUUCAGACAACCCACACAGCCUUCAGACAACCCACACAGUCUUCAGACAACCCAAACCACCUUCAGACAACCCAAACAGCUCUUUGAAGGGGAACAAAAGGAAAUCUAUGUUUUGUUUUUUUAAAUGGACUCUUAUCUUUAAAAAAAUCUGAUUUGCUAGUCAUCAAGAGAAGCGCAACACUGAAAGGGAUGGAACUUUUUCCUUUUUUUUAAAACUUAAAACAUAGUUAGACGAAUACUUUAAGUUUUUUUGUAUUAUUUUAUUUUCCUAAAGCUGCGAACUUUUAAUUUUUUGUUUCAAUAAACAGAUUCAUUUUGUUCAAUAUAAAUUGCGAAAUUAUUUUCAACAUUUUGUAUGUACGUUUCUUAAAAUAAUUUGUUUGUAAACCCUGAUCAAUCUAAUGUUAAAAAGGUAACAGAAUACUCAAAAUUAUAUUUAAUCUAAAUAUGACGAAUUAACCUCAAAAGGAACAUAAAAAUUGAUAUCAAACAGGAUAAAUAUCUAUUAAUAUUUAAAUUUGAAUUUUACUAUGUUUUGUGAAAGGCCCCCCCACCCACCCGCGGAGACCCCCCACCCACCCCAAGGGUAUCCCCCAAAUGCUGAAAGGGGAUUACUUCCUAGACCAACAUAACACGCAUCGGUGAUUUUCACACAUCCUGUUUGUAGUUUUGGUUUGUUAUUUCCACUUCCUGCUCCCAAAGAUGAAACAGUGGCGUUUUAAAAUCCACAAAAAUUACAGGAGUUUAAUUUUCAUUAGGGUUGCUCCAUAUUUUGUAUCAAACUGUGAUUAAAACAGGGUAACAAUCAAACUGUGAUUAAAACAGGGUAACAAUCAAACUGUGAUUAAAACAGGGUAACAAAUCUGAUCAACACAAUCAGACAAACGCUUAACAUUGAAACCAAACACGUGGACAUGGUGGAGUUUUUAUCUCAUUUAGUAUUUUCUUUUUGGGUAUCCUCCUUAUUAUAAAGAAAUAGCUAAAAUACAUAAUAUAUAUAUAUAUAUAUAUAUAUUGCACGUGUUUGUCUUAAACGAUACUAAAUGUCUUGCCUUGGAAUCUUUCCUCUUGUGCAACAAAUGCUUAAAAUGAAUGAUGUUCAUUUGAUAUUUUGAUGUCAAUCUGUUCGUUUCAAUUAAAUCAUCGCUUUACCAGACUUUUAUUUAGCUUGCAAUUCUGUCUGUUUGUCUGCGUCACAUCUUGCACCUCAAUUUUGACCCAAGUCCUUAAUGUCCCUUCGCCCUGCAACUUUGCAAACAUGCAUGCCCACACCCCAUGUCAAUACAACCCUUUAUGAUCUGUAGGUAACGCUUUUAUUAAAAUGGGCUAAAAAGCAGCAAAUAUAUAUUUUUUUAAAUCAUACCAGGAUUUUCUUAUAGUUAGACAUGGCCACAAUACGUAGAUGUAUAUUUAUAUUACACAUCCAGACUUUCACACAUAAUAUAUAUAUAUGGAAAGUUAUAACACAGUAUUAAUUUCAAUGAAAAUAUCAAUUUAGAUAUUUGUAUACAUCUAAAGUAUGUCAUCAAAUUAUGUCUUAACGUUGUGUUAUAACAGCAGCCAUUAGUCGUUAUUUGUACUGUUUAAUUAAAAUACAAAAAAACAAAAAAACUGGAGUUUUCCAUUAAUAAAAAUUUCUAUCAACACAGUUACCAGACCCGGAUUUAGGGCAUUUUCUCAACAAAGUACAUACGCGGCCGGCUGGCCUGUUGAGGACAUGUACCUGUACGUGGCCGCGGUCAACAGGAGCAUGACGUCCGUGCAGUGCACUAACUUAGACAGGACCUAUCCACUGACACAGGUGUAUGGAUUUUGCCACCUUAUCAUCUUUGGUAAAUAUGCCGGACCCCCCCCCCCAUUUUUUAUUCAAUGAUGUUUAAAUUCAAAUCGAUUCAAUCACUAAAACUAUCAAUCGCGCCUAUGUUGAUUAUCUACUUUAUUUAAUUGCCCAAUUAAGCAUAAAACCAAAGUUUUUCGUAAAAAUCCUCACAUGCAAUUUAUUAUUCUAUUUUAAAUCCAUUCUAUAAUGUCCCACCGGCUAACAACGCAGAUAUACGCAAGUAUUAUAGAAAAACAAACAAAAAAUGUGCUGCAAAAUUGCCAUUCAUUUUUUUUAAAAAUCUCAUUUAGCACAGUUAUGGGGAAUGUUAUUUCUAUGUGCCAAGUUUUAGCAGGGGAAGUCAUUUGGGUAGGGCAAGGUGGAUAAUUUCCCAUCCCUCCCCUGAAUUGGCAGAUUUUCUUUAAAUUGCUAUGAUCUGUGGCGCCAACAUUAAUAUAUAACUUAACAAGCCGUCCAAAUUUUGGGUCCCUCCCUCCCCCUCCCUGAAAAAACUGAAAUGACGACCCCCCCCCCCCCCCCUCAGCUUGAUAGGUUGACGGUAAAUGUUUCAUUUAGCCAUCCGAAGGUUUUGCCCGAAACACACAAUAGGGAAGUUAAUAAACAAUUAUUAUUUUUUUUUUAAAGAGGCUUUUAUAUUAAGCCCAACUUUUUCCUUGAAUUCAUUAUUCAUCGUAGUACACAUACAUAUUUUAAUUUGUAUUUAAGGGUCUAGAAUGUACAUAUAUUAAGUGUUUUUUUUAAAUAAUAUAUUAAUAAAUGUCAACAUGUCAAAAGCAAGGAAACUGAGUCAGUAAAUAUGUUUUACAAAGAUAAAGUAACAGUGUUUCACAAAAAACUUCAAAAUAUUCACUAGCAAUCAUCAUAAUCCCAGGCAACGGUCCUCAACACACACAGAGAGUCUCUUCAGAUACUCUGGCACACCUACUCCAACAACACUACACUCACACACGACAACACUCCCACGCCGAUCGCAGCCAACAAAACUCUAAGGCAUCACAUUCAAUCUCAAAAAAAAAAAAAGAACUGAACCUCCCUCAAUCCCACACAUUGAAUAUCACACACUAAAAUCCCACACAUUGAAUAUCACACACUAAAAUCCCACACAUUGAAUAUCACACACUAAAAUCCCACACAUUGAAUAUCGCACACUAAAAUCCAACACAUUGAAUAUCGCACACUAAAAUCCCACACAUUGAAUAUCACACACUUAAUCCCACACAUUGAAUAUCACACACAAAAAUCCCACACAUUGAAUAUCACACACUUAAUCCCACACAUCGAAUAUCACACACUUAAUACCACACAUUGAAUAUCACACACUUAAUGCCACACUUUGAAUAUGACACACUAAACCCCACACAUUGAAUAUCACACACUUAAUCCCACACAUUGAAUAUGACACACUUAACCCCCCACAUUGAAUAUCAAACACUUACGCGCACACAUUGAAUAUCACACACUAAAAUCCCACACAUUGAAUAUCACACACUUAACCCCACACACGCCAACUCGCUCAGAUUCCAAGACCCCCAACUCUAUAAACAUACUUCCAAAACAAAACGUCCACCACACUCCGGAUCCCUCCUCCCCUUUUUACACUCAGGCUCCGACUAUCAAGCAAAAAAAGCAACACAUAGAAUCCACAACAGAAAAACAACACAACGACUUAAUUUUUGUAACGUGUACGUUAAUGUACGUAAAUAUUACCACGUUAAAAUUUUUAAACGACGGUCCUGUUUUAUCGAAUUGUUUGCAGCCAGACCCACGAUGCCUGUUUGUGACACGCCUCGUUUGGGCCUAGAUGGGCGCUUUAUGGAGAUUCAGUGUCAUACAUAUGUGUUUCCACGGGGCCUUUGCAGCUUCACAUAUUAUGGUGUAUGUAUCUUUUUACACAUAACGAAAACUACAUUUCCAAAUCCAUUUUUUUCUCUCCUAAAGUAGGUCACUUGCCAAAACGAAACUUUGAGCCUUUGAGGGAAAAAAAAUGUAUUACGCUUUCCAAAAUAACACCCAAUUUGUUACAGAACAAAUCGUUUAGACAUAGAACUGUUUGAAUAAUUGCAGAUUACACAACCAAUUAAAAUUAGUUCAAUUCAAUGAAAUUCAAAGUAACUUAUUUUACUUUUCAUGAAUAUGCAACAGUUUGCACAGCAACAAGAUAAUAACAAGGAUUCUUCAGUUUCAAAAAGCAAAUGGCAAAAUUUGCUUCAGCUUUUCUCAGUUUUCUUCAAAACAACAGCUUUUGAUUGAAGUUUUAUUUAAUCUAAUAUCUUGAGGAAAAAAAGUGAACUGUCCAACCGCAGCUCACCAGGCCCACCGUUUUGUUGGCUGCGAUCGGCGUGGGAGUGUUGUCGUGUGUGAGUGUAGUGUGUUGUUGCAGUAGGUGUGUCAAAGUAUCUGAGGAGACUCUCUGUGUGUGUUGAGGACCGUUGCCUGUAAUUGGGCUGGUACCAUGCAGCUGUUCUCCUUCUAACGCAGAUACCAUGAAUGACAUUUGUCUCCAGACGCAGGUCUCCUACACGGCAUUGCUGUACCAGGGGUAAAGCCAGGGCAUCGGUGGCCGUGCUUUUGAAACAGCAUGCCGCUGCAGGCAUGUCCACGAGAGCCCCGGAGAGGCUGAUGCGCUAAAAAUUCGAUACUUUAAUGUGAUAUCCUUCAAUAUUGAUAUUCAUCCAUCUACGACAUACACACCUUAGCGACAGACACACCUUAGCGACAGACACACCUUAGCGACAGACACGCCUUAGCGAUAGACACACCUUAUCAACAGACACACCUUAUCAAGAAACACACCUUAGCGACAGACACACCUCAUCGACAAACACACCUUAGCGACAGACACACCUUAGCGACAGACACACCUUAGCGACAGACACACCUUAGCGACAGACACACUUUAGUGACAGACUGUGGAAUCGCUGUCUGUGUGGAAUCCGACAGACACACCUUAGCGACAGACACACCUUAGCGACAGACACACCUUAGCGACAGACACACCUUAGCGACAGACACACCUUAGCGACAGACACACCUUAUCGACAGACAACUAAAUGACCAAAAUGUACAUCUGCAUUAGCACUUCUUCGACAGCCAGUUGGAGCACACAUUUUCUUUGUUAUUUGUUGUUUUGUUUUCCUCCUCUGGGUUGUAGUCUUGUUAAUGACAGGGGGGCGGGGGUCUUCUCCCCACUCCAACCCCCCGAGAAAGCAAAACUGAAUCCAUCCGUCUUAAUAUUCAGUGUUGCAGAAAUUGGUAAAUGAUUGUUGUUUGAAUUGUUUCAACCCCCAAACAGGAAACUAAAGCUGGGCCGUUGGAUAGUUACACGGUCUCGUACGAACACGAGUACGUGUACGCAAAUGAUAUGUACAAAACCACGUGCACUCUAAUGGUGCCUGUAACGGACGUACAGUGGAACACAAACGUGACAGCUGUGGUGAGUGCCGCACCUAACAUCACCAAUUACCAAAACUACACUGUCAGCAGCAAGGUGACAGCUUCUUUGUGGAUAGGUGAGCGCACUUUGUUUAAGUAUUUAAUGAGGGACUUUGUCUUGUAUUUAAUGUUGGAUUUUGUCUUUUAUUUAAUGUUAGACUUUGUCUUGUGUUUAAUGUUAGAACUAGUUUGAUAUUUACUGUUGGAUUUUGUCAUAUAUUUAAUGUAUUGACUUUUUCUUAUAUGUAAUGUUGGAUUUUGUCUUGUAUUUAAUGUUAGAUUUGUCUUAUAUUUAAUGUUGGAUUUUGUCUUGUAUUUAUGUUAGACUUUUUCUUAUAUGUAAUGUUGGAUUUUGUCUUGUAUUUAAUGUUGGGCAUCAAUGCAAGUGUACGCUGAGACAGGUAUACAAUGAGACAGAUGUACACUUAGACAGGUGUACACUAAGAUAAGUCUACACGGACACAAACGUAUAAUGAGGCAGAUGUGCAUUGAGCCAGGUGUGCAUUGAGAAUGUGUCCAUUGCGACUUGUGUACAAUGAACCUUGUGUACACUGAGACAGGUGUGCAUUGAGAAGGUGUACACUUAGACAUGCGUACAAUGAGGCAGGUGUACAAUGAGACAUGUGUGCAUUGAGACAGGUGUGCAUUGAGGCAGGUGAGCAAUGAGAAACGUGUGCACUAAGACAGGUGUGCAUCGAGACAAGUUUACAAUAAGACAAGUGUACAAUGAGACGGGUGCACAUCAAAUGAGGCAUGAAAUGAGACAGGUGCACAUCAAAUGAGGAGUGAAAUGAGACAGGUGUACUGAUUCUAUAGCCUUAACCGUGAUUGAAAAGACGUUAAACUUAUUGUCAUUACAAGAUUCAUUAAUUCAUUUGAAAGCGGCUUACGCAAUCGAUUACCUAUAAACGUAUUCGACUACCCUAGCAAACAGUAAUUGGUGCGCCAAAAUUCAGUAAGACAUAUGAUGGUGCAGCAAUAAAUCAAGCGCCGCCUACGCCACUGCCUCGGUGUAUUAUAAAUCACGUAAAUCAAGCUGAGUGAGUCCAGUCACAGUCACCCGUUUCCUUAUUCUUGAUUUGUUAUAGACACAAGGUCUAACGUUUAAAGAGAUUAUACCUUGUAGAUAUCAGACUCUAGAAAGUUAUUUGCGGUGAUAUAUUCAACUCCUACACUCCGAUUCCCACACUCCGUCUCCUACACCCCGAUUCCCACACUCCGUCUCCUACACCCCGAUUCCCACACUCCGUCCCCAUCAACCCGACACUAAGAUCCCAAAAUGCCGAGCACAGAUUACCAAGCAGAGACUCCAUUUGUUUUUUAAUUUUUCUGUGAACAUACAUCGUAUGUAACUUAACAUGUUUUAAAAUAUUCUUAAUUCUGUAAUACAAUUUUUUUUUUCAGUCAGACCCACAAUAAUUUCCUGUGAGGUGACCCUUUUCAACAUAGACGCACGUUUUUUUGAAGUAUCAUGCCAUGCAUAUGUGAUUCCUUGGGGAAUAUGCAAAUUUGCAGACGAAGUAAGUUUUUUAACAAACGGAUAGAGCUAAAUUUCAACUUCAUAAUGUAGGUCGCGUACAAUGGCGAGUGCCUUUAACGGGAAAAUAAAUACAAAUUUCAAAAUAACCCUAGAAAGAGGAAAUACUUCUGUCAUUUAAAUUUGUUUCAAUGUUUGCCUAAUACAUGAACUGUCGAAGUGUGUUAAAAUUUAAUAUUCACAAGAAUCCUAAACAUUGAAGGACCAGAUUAACUCACCUACUUAAGGUUGCAUAAAGCAAGUAAAUAAUUUUGGUCGCACACUUGCUGGACAUCUGGUUAUUCUUUGCCUAAUUGGGAUGUAAGUUAAUCUGUUGAGCUCGUGUCUUCAUUUAAACUUAACUCUCCAUCAUGAAGAAUGUUCACUCUAAUGGAGCCAAACUCUCUUUUCCUAUGUCUUUACUUACACUUUACACACUAUCAUGAAGAAUGCUCAUUCUAAUGGAGCCAAACUCUCUGUUCUUAUGUCUUUACUUACACUUUACACAGUGUCAUGAAGAAUGCUCAUUCUAAUGGAGCCAAACUCUCUGUUCUUAUGUCUUUGCUUACACUUUAUACAAUGUCAUGAAGAAUUCUCAUUCUAAUGGAGCCAAACUCUCUGUUCUUAUGUCUUUGCUUACACUUUACACGCUGUCAUGAAGAAUGCUCAUUCUAAUGGAGCCAAACUCUCUGUUCUUAUGUCUUUGCUUACACUUUACACACUAUCAUGAAGAAUGCUCAUUCUAAUGGAGCCAAACUCUCUGUUCUUAUGUCUUUACUUACACUUUACACACUGUCAUGAAGAAUGCUCAUUCUAAUGGAGCCAAACUCUCUGUUCUUAUGUCUUUGCUUACACUUUACACACUGUCAUGAAGAAUGCUCAUUCUAAUGGAGCCAAACUCUCUGUUCUUAUGUCUUUACUUACACUUUACACAUCUCAUGAAGAAUGCUCAUUCUAAUGGAGCCAAACUCUCUGUUCUUAUGUGUUUGCUUACACUUUACCCGCUGUCACGAAGAAUGCUCAUUCUAAUGGAGCCAAACUCUCUGUUCUUAUGUCUUUACUUACACUUUACACAUCUCAUAAAGAAUGCUCAUUCUAAUGGAGCCAAACUCUCUGUUCUUAUGUCUUUGCUUACACUUUACACACUGUCACGAAGAAUGCUCAUUCUAAUGGAGCGAAACUCUCUGUUCUUAUGUCUUUACUUACACUUUACACACUAUCACGAAGAAUGCUCAUUCUAAUGGAGCCAAACUCUCUGUUCUUAUGUCUUUACUUACACUUUACACACUAUCACGAAGAAUGCUCAUUCUAAUGGAGCCAAACUCUCUGUUCUUAUGUCUUUACUUACACUUUACACACUAUCACGAAGAAUGCUCAUUCUAAUGGAGCCAAUUUCUCUGUUCUUAUGUCUUCAUUAAAACGUUAAUGUUUUAUUGUUAAGCAUAUUGUUCUCUGGGUGUUUGUUAUAGACGUUUUUGGGUGUGUAUCUCCCCCCCUCCAAACCAACCCCCCAGGAAUAUGCACGAAAGAAAUUAUCUUAAAUCUGAUCUUAAAUAUGAUCAUCAUGCGAUUACCGCUAUGAGAAUAAUUCAAUCUUUCAACAAACAAACACAACAUUAAAUCCCCACCAGAAAAAUGCUCGUCUCCGGGUUGAGGGUUUAAAGGUCAAGUACGACCACAAGUACGCCGCUGACCUGCACAAAACCACUUGUACCCUGAUUGUACCAGUCCCAGAAAUACCACUGCCGAACACAAAUUUGACGUUUGUAUUGAGCGUCGCUCCUGACAUCACGGAGCGCCAAGGCUACACAGUCAGCAGUACCUGGAAUAUUCCACUUUGGACAGGUGAGUGCAUUUGGUCUUAAAAACAGUGUGUGUAACGGUACGUACGCUUGUCUUGUUUUACGUCAUGCCACUCGCGCAUCUCGUGCAUCAGAUCUGGGUGAUCCCCAAGUUCUGUGACACGACGUGUGGCCUAAUUAUGAUGUGUCUCCCUUGACCUUGAUUGCUUGUUUUUGAAAAAAAAAAAAACGCACACGUCGCUCUUUAUAGAACUUAAGAGAGGGCCCUAGGUUAAGGUGACCGAACGUCCCGUAAAAACGGAUUGUCCCGUUUUUCAAAGAUCAUACCCGUUGUCCCGGAAAAGUCUAUCGGGACGCCAAAUUUCCCUUUUCAAAAACCAAACACAUUUUCAUAUCACUAAAACUUCCUAAUUUAUAAUGUAACUUCAAGUAAUAUAUGUAUAAAUAAAUAAUUAGUAUUUAAUGCAAAAUUAUUGUUUUCGUUUUUGAUGUGCCCGGAGUUUAAAUUAAAUGACGAAAGUAAAGGUUAAUUUUAAAACAUUUCUAUGUCUUAAGGUAGUUUAAAAAUGAGCACAUUUUAAUAAACAGUUCCAGGCGAAGGCCCCAGGACCCCUCUUUAGCUGGAGGGCAACCUCCCCCCAAACCAUCCUUGGGGCUGUCCCGUUUUUUUUCCAAUUCAAGAUUUGGUCAUCUUACCCUAGGUUCAUGUACAAUGUACUGGAAUAUUCUUUAUGAAAUACUAUAAAUAAGCCAUCGACAGAGGGAGCGGGACAGCUUCAGAUUGACGGAUUUAGAUACAUAUUCAGGCAGAGACAGAUAUAGAUACGAGGCGAGAACGAGACUAAAAUACCGACUUAUUGUAGAUUAUAUUUAAUGUGUGUGCGUGUUCACCUUUCCAACUUUAUAACAGUUCAUUAUUGUAAAAACUUUAAGUUGAUAGUUUUAUUUUACGUUAUCUGAUUUUGUAUUGCUUAAGUUUGCCUUUAUAAACGUGUUAUUUUUUAACUAGCCCCCAGCUCUGGUAGCGUUCUUUAUUGCUGUGUCUAAUUAAUGGUAUCGUCCUUCACUAUGUACUGUUUGUGACGAGCCACCUAGUAAAUUUCUCUAGACACGGUGUCUUGUGAAUGUUUGGUGAAUUAGCUUCUUUAAAAAUUUAAAAAAAAAAAAAUGUUUUUCCCUGGGAAUUCGCCAAUUGAAAUCAAGUUCAUUUUCUCUUCUUCGAAAAUUAUUUUCAGUGGCAUGUGGUGAACAGAUGCCUAGAAAAGUACUCUCUUUGAAACAAACAUCUAUUACAGUAAAGUGCUGAGGGUGGGAUUAUCAUCAUUGCAAGGAACAUUUUUGAAAGCGCGUAAUAUGUCUCAUACAUAUUACGCUUCUGGUGUGACUCGUGGACUGUCUCCUAAUCAGCGUAUUUGGUAUUGAGAGUAUAACAAUUAAUUAUAAAUGUUUGAAAGAACUGUUCAAUAAUGAGUUCACUAGCGCGCAAAAUAUAAUUCCAGAUAACUACGCUAGGUGAUAUAAACAUUUUUAUAUAAUGCCAUUGCGUUUUGCGCGAAAUAUUUCUUUUCGGAGAAAAUGAAAUCGUCUCAUUUUAAGUGGUGUGUAAAAAAAAAAAUUCGGUUAAAAAGUGGUUGGGGCAUCAUAAAAUUUAAUAGAGUUCAUGGGCGUGAAAUAAAAAUUGUGCUGUGACGUAUCAUGGAGAGAAAAUGGGGUAGCCAACUUUGGGAUUCUCCAUUGUGCGUUACUUAAGUUAGUUCAUGUUUUGUCAAGUAACUUUCGUAGAUGGGAAGUUAACGCAUUGCUAUCGCCAAUGCUUGUCGGGCUAUAUCUGGUGAUCUUAUAAGGCGCAUUGCUAAGAGUGGAAGUACGAGAAUUACAAUAGAAGUGCUGAUUGUUGGUGCAUGAUGGACCAUCUUUUUAUAACCUUCCGGUAUUUUAUGAAAUGUAAUUUUUUUUUUUUUUUCAAAUUUACCCUUGAUCAUUCCCACAAUGUAUUUUAGGUUUCCAAGGAGUCAGGGGGGGGCAAUGCUGCUUCAUUAAAUACACCACUCCCGAAUUACCACUAAGACUUACCUGAUCUCGUUCAUUCCAGACGCACCUGUCCUCACCACCUUCACCGCCAACAAGAGGACGGGCACCGUCCACUACAACGAACUGGACAACAUCAAAUUCAACUGCAACGCCGCGGGGACGCCGACGCCGAGGCUGAGCUUGCUAGACGCCAAGGGUGUCGCCUUGUACGUCAGCGACGUGCCCGGCGCCCUGGACUACACCAUCUACAACAUAACCUGCGGACGGUCGGAGGCGUACACCUGUGUGGCGAUGAGCGUGUUGAACAGUUCGGAUCAAAUCAAAUCUGUCGGGAGCUGUAAGUCCAUAUACAUCAAAAUUUAGGGGGGUUGGGGGUGGUGAGGGGGUUGGUGGGGGGGGGUUGGUGGGGUGGGGGUAUAUGUCUCCUUUCAACCAUCGGAUUUUUACCGAGUAAAUUACAAAUUACACAACACAUCCAUCUUUUAAAGAAAAUGAAAACAUUAUGAAUUCCUAUGAGAGGGGGAAAAAAAAAAAGAAAUGUAUCAUUUUCCUCUUUCUUUUCAAAACGUGUGCAAUGUAGUUAUAUUAGUGUAUCGUGGGCAUAAUGAAUUGAGAGAUACAACUUGUAAACAUAAAACUAUAUUAACUACUAAGCCGUAUUUAAUGUACACCUGUUUAAAAUAACCCAAGAGCACGUUGCUGUCAUAAUUACGUCAUGACGAAUACAUUGGUGAUAGUAGUAGGGUUUGUCAUUUCUUACACCAGAAGACGUUAGAUAGCAUUACAUAAUGUUACUAUUUUUAGACUUCCGCAUACAUAUAUUUAUAGCAUCAACACUUUCUUUUUUUUUUUUUUUUUUUUUUUUUUUUUUUUUUUUUUUUUUUUUUCUUUUUUUUUUUUUUUUUUUUUUUUUUUUUUUUUUUUUGAAUUAUUUUGUAAAAUGAUGUUGUAAACAUGUUUGAAUCUAGGUUGACACCAACUACGCUGACUGACAUUAUCGUAGAAAGGAGUACUUAACAGCUGUUAAGUGAUCAGCCAAACGAAAUUUCAGAAUGUCCAAAGAAUUUCUUUUCUGCAAUCUAAUGCGAUUGUCCAAACUGAAUUCCAUUACAUGAAAACCCCCUUUUUUUAAAAAUUUCAGCUGUUUUAAAUCACUUUCACACGCAUACUUUUUUUUUCCAGUUAGUUAUAUCCAGUGUUUUGUUUAUCCACAGGUCCUUCCAGUUCAAGCAGCAGCAGCAGCAGUAGCGUUCCGGUAUUAGACAUUGCUCUCGCUGUCGUAGGAGCAGUUGCCACAAUUGUCGGAAUUAUUGUAGUUGUCCGCAGCUGUAAACGACGAAUCUCAAGCAGCAAUAGACAGCGACGCCGCCUCGCGAACUUCGAGGGACCCAAUGAGUACUCUCAACCGGUCCACGAAACGAACACUUCAUCUGGACUCAAUCAGCAAAUCACAAGGGGUGGAAACAUUACAAGUCGUGCGCAAAAUGGCAACAGGGGAGCACUGUUUAUAAUCCUUUCCGCCUCAUCACGCACCCCAGGAAUGGCCUUCGAGCAGAACAGGUCAACCACGAUAAACGGCCAAGAGCCUUUGACGCGCGUGCACACCACGGCAGUGUCUCCUCCCCCUUACGACGUACCAUCCAACCCUCCCCCGGAAUACAUGGAGAUCCUGAGCCAUCCAGCGAAACAGUUUCUGUACGGUGACAACCCCCCGGGAUACACACUUGCGGGUUCCAUGGAGGCAUAAUUUUAAUUAGUUGAGACACGCUUGCACCCGUAAAUGAACUCAAGGGACUCAAAUCCAACGAACUUUGUCACUUUCUUUUUUAAUGUAACAGCCACACUAAUAAAAAAAAACCCUGACCUAUGGUUCCAUCAGUAGAUGUCAUCUGUUUUUAUUUUUUUAAUUGACUUUUCUUUUUCAUUUUUUUUAUUAAUGAUAUUAUAAUAAUAUAUGAUGUUGUUUUUUUAAUAUAUAUUUUUUUAUAAAUGUGUAUUUAUUUUUCAUGUUUGUUGAAUUUAUGUGAAUGUAAAACUAAAUAUAGUUUAUUUGGCUUUUGUGCAGUAAUGGAUUGUUUAAAUAUAUAUUUCUUUAUGACGUCGUAUCAGAUAAUUAUAUAACAUUUUUUUUUCCCCAAAGAGAGUUCAAAUCAAUACUCAGAAUAACACUUACGCAUGUGUAAAAUUUUCAAUAAACCAUUUAAACUAAAUUAUAUUUCUUUGAGAGAAACUUAGUGACAUAACACGAAAGUUUUACAUUCAAAUUAAAACUUUAACAGUGCCUAUAAUAUUCAAAUUAAAACUUUAACAGUGCCUAUAAUAUUUAAACUAAAAUUUUAACAGUGCCUAUAAUAUUUAAACUAAAACUUUAACAGAGCCUAUAAUAUUUAAACUAAAACUUUAACAGUGCUUAUAAUAUUCAAACUAAAAUUUUAACA